GAGAAUAUCGUCAUGUGAAAUAUUUUUUUAUAAUCAUGGCCAUGUUUUUGUAGAACAAAGAGUUCAACCACAGUCGAUUCUACAAUGCUACCAUAGGUGGACUGGUGGAGGCGCUGACGCACUGUCAUAUACAUACCCCUGAGAUUCCAAUCAAUACAUGAUUAUGGUUUAUCUGCAGUGAGGGUCCACUGUCUUUGGCGUUGUAUUUCUCGCUAUAACCAUUCAUUUGAAGCCAUAGGUAUAACGUCCAGGUAAUAAAACUGAUAAUAUAGCGACAUUCUCAGUAGACAGCAACCAAAGAGAGCUAUUCAGCAGUCUAGCAAGGUAACUGCAAAGUAGCUAACGUUAUCUUUGGUUAAAACGUACUGUACCUAGGUAAACAUAAACACAAAUAAUAAUUCGGGUAUUUAAAAUAAUGGAAAAAAAUGAAACGACGAUAUACAGUGUGCAACUGUAUAUAUACGACCUAUCAAGAGGAAUGGCUCGCAAUCUCAGUCCCAUUAUGUUAGGAAAACAACUUGAUGGCAUUUGGCACACAGCUAUUGUGGUGUAUGGAGAUGAGUUCUUCUUUGGUGGAGUGGGUAUUUCCAGCUGUUCACCUGGUGGAACAAUGCUUGGUUCCCCAGACACUGUGGUAGAAUUGGGAAACACAGAGGUGACUGAGGAGAUUUUCAUGGACUAUCUGUCCUCGCUUGGAGAGAGCACAUACAGAGGCGACAAGUACAGAUUGUUUGAGCACAACUGUAACACGUUCACCAAUGAGGUGGCCCAGUUUUUAACAGGCCGGAAGAUCCCUUCUUACAUCACUGACCUGCCCUCCGAAGUUCUGUCCACACCUUUUGGCCAGAUCCUCCGGCCAAUCCUGGACUCCAUCCACAUCGCUCCUCCUGGGGGGAACGUCAUCAAUGGUCGCCCCAGUUAAACUGCCUGAACUGCACACAGUUGUACUGAGAUAUGUUCAAUGGAGGAGAGUUUAUGAGGAUGUUUUGGGGGGUAAAUCUCAAUGAGGACAAACUUGACAACAGUAAUAAAAACUGUUUAAAUGUAAACAGUUUUUCCAGUUCAAAACCCACCCAGUUAAAAUGUCAGCUAAUUAAAUAAGGAAUUUACUUGCAAAUGAUAGAACUCGAAAUUGUAGAUGGUCCAAUCAGACAACCUAUCACAUGUUAGCUCCGUGCUGAUCUCACCAUCUGGUUGUGACAGUCUAUCGUAGGUCCCAGAAAACCAAGUGUGUUUUAUAAUGUCAGUCCAGGCCGCAAAAGAGGGUAUUUUAAAAAAAACAACACAAUUAAGUUUAUUUUUGUUGGUCUGCAAGAAAAGGUGUGUUUGAAUCCUUGAGUAGGUUCCUAGAAGGUGUAGGAUAGGAUUUGAAUAUUUUUUUGCAUAUAUGCAAAAAUCCUUCACAUUUGUUCAUUAGUUUCAUACAGAUUUGUAUGCUUUAAUAUCAAGAAAAAUAGGAGGAUUUAAAAAGAUGUAGGAUUCCAUAUGUCAGUUGUAAAACAAAAUGAAAGAAAAUUGUUGGAUGACUCUUUUAAUCAUGUGCAAGUAAAUCGACAAUGAAUUGAAUGGCCCAAUAGAAAUAUUAAGUACAACGUUUUUGUUUGUAAUGUUAGCCAUUAUGGCCCCAGUCCGUUACAUUGCUCUUGUGCUGUGUAUGCUUGGUUUCAGGAUAAUUCGUUUUGUAACUCUCCACCAGCAAUGCUCUGGCCUUUUUUGAUGUUUAAAAAUAAUUAUUUAAUAGUUUAUGGACCUUCCUCAUUACCUCCAUUGGUGUUACCCUGGUCUGAGGUAAAGCUGACGACAUUAACUUUCCCACAAGUCCUCUGUUGUCUUCAAUAUGAUUUCUAAGCAGUAUAUCGUGUAUCUCAAGUCAAAUUUUCAGCAUGACUUCAAGUGGUCUCCUCCACCUUCCACCAGAUGGUGUGUGCUACACGCGUCAGUGCCUUCACCUUUCACACCGUCGUUAUACUGAGGCUGAGAGUGUGAUAUGAAGAUUUAAUGCUGUAGUGCACAAAAUCUGCAUUGUCCUCUGGAUGAAGAAACAAUGUCUAUCUUUUAUACCUUUGAAAGAAUCUCAGAAGUUGUAUUUAUUAUGAGAAAGAUUUGUGUUGGGGUUAAAUCAUACAUCUUUUUGCAAAAAAUAUUUAUGUGGGCAAUAACUUUGCAGAUUUCUACUUAUUGGAAUAGCCUAUAAAUGUGUCAAGUAAAUGAGCAAGUCUGUGGGCCAAAUGUCUCCAUUACUUUAGCUCUUUAUCUAAUGCAUACUGCUUUUCUUGAAAAAUCUACGUUACCAUUUAUGUUUACGUUGUCUGUCCAGGAGAGAUUACAUCAGACAGGUAAUCACAACAUGCCUAUCUCUCAAUGCCAUGGUUGCACUCUGCUUUAUAAACACACUGACAUCACAACAAGGUGCUUCUGUGUUUCAGUGGAAGAGAGAUCUUGCCCUUUACCCUAAUUUGUUGCUCACCUAACAACCUUCUACACUCAACCUGACUAUGAAAUGUAUUGCAUGUGUCAUCUGUAAUAAUAUAUGUGAAGUUUUGUUUUAUUUUUGGAUCAAUCCUGGCUGCUAAUUAUAUUGAGGCAUUUCAGUAGACACACAACCCAUGUUUCCAAAGAAGUUGGGACGCUGCAUAAAAUCCACAUAAAAACAGAAUUGCAAUGAUGUGCAAAUAAUUUAAUCCCUAUAUUU